AUGACUUCUCUAACAUUCCUGAACAGGACCACUAUCCUCAAAGACAAAACGACAUUGUUCGAACAGGACUACUAUCAACACCAAGGACAAAACAACAUACUGAAACCAAACCUACCUAUCUAUUCAUCCAUCUCUCCUGCGGCGCUGCAUAAAUACACCUCCUUCCCACCACCAUGGUAUCUUCCUCUCCAGAAACCCCUAUCCACCCGCAUUAUCCUUGCACCUGCUGACAACAACCACAGAUCCCCACAACCAACACCACCGCAACAAUGUGCAACAAACCCACAACCACCUAUUCCUGCGGGCACACCAAAACCACGCUGCUACACUGCCCUCUCCACGACCCCCAAGACGCCGGCCCUUUCAACACCCCCUCGACGUGUCGGCGCUUGA